UAGAGUCAUUCGCCCUCGACUCAACCCGAAUUCGUCGAUGAGUCGCACCCACGCAAGGCUUGCCUCCGCCGUCGAGCGCCCGCCCCGCUCUAGGGUUUCCCCCUCCCCCCUCUCCGACAACGACCGCCGCCGCUCCCGAUCCCGGACCCCUCCGCCUCGCUCCCGUAGCCCCGACUACCGCCGCGGCGGUCACCGUUGGUCACCCUACCGCGAUGGCCCGAUCCGGAACGGGAAGCCACCGGGCCGCGGGGACGACGACGACGACGACGAUGAGGAGCUCAAGGGCCUGAGCUACUUCGAGUACCGGCGCCUCAAGCGCCAGAAGCUGCGGAAGAAGCUCAAGAAUUGCAUCUGGAGGGUGACCCCUAGCCCUCCGAGGAGCGAGAGGGAGCAAUUGGAACCGCUCGAUGAGUCUGAUGGCGCCAUAGUCGCGUCUCCUGAGGAGGAGGAGGAGGAAGCUGAGGGCAAAGGGCGAAGGGAUCGGAGUAGGAACUCCGAGGCCGACGGUUCGGAUAGGAGCCCUUCCGAUUCAGCUCCAGAUGAUUCCGAAUCCGAAUCGAGGAGCCCUCCUUCGUCGAGGAGGCGAAGAAGGGAGAGGAGGAGCAAAAGAGGGAGAAGCAGCCGGAAGAAGAGGUACUCUGAUUCAGAUGACGGAAAAGGCUCUUCCUACGAUGACGAUUCGAGCGAGGAGGCACCAGAGCGCUCGAGCGACCAGAGCGAAGAUGAGGAGGACAGAAAGCGGAGGAGGAGGAAGUCAGGAACGCGGCGGACGAAGUCGAAGAAGAGCGAGAGGAGUAACAGGAGGAAGAGAACGAAGAGCAGGGCAACAAGCUCGGAUGAUAGCGAGGAGGAGUACGAUUCUAGCCCUAUACCCAGGGGAAAGGCCUUACGAAAGAGCAAGAAACGGUCUAAGAAGUCUGACACACCCUCGGAUUCGGAAGCUGAUGACGGGCCUGCUGAUGCCAAGAAGCCCGAGGUUGAUCCUGAGGCUCUCAAGUUUAAGGAGAUGAUCGAAUCACAGAAGAAGCUUGCUUUAGACAAUGAGCCUUUUGUUGGGCCGGCACCUCUCCCACGUGCUGAGGGACAUAUCAGCUAUGGUGGUGCGCUGAGGCCUGGUGAAGGUGAUGCUAUUGCCCAAUAUGUGCAACAAGGGAAGCGUAUUCCAAGGAGAGGAGAGGUCGGGCUGUCCGCAGAGGAGAUACAGAAGUUUGAGGACUUGGGAUAUGUUAUGAGUGGCAGCAGGCAUCAGAGGAUGAAUGCCAUCCGUAUCAGAAAAGAAAACCAGGUUUACAGUGCUGAAGACAAGAGGGCACUCGCUAUGUUCAACUAUGAAGAGAAGGCAAAGAGAGAGCACAAAGUGAUGGCUGAUCUGCAGAGGUUGGUCCACCGCCAUAUCGGUCAGGAUGUGGGCCCAACUCACGACCCAUUUGCACCAAAGACUUCUGAUGCAGCUGAUGAUUGAAUCCAGUAUAAAUGUGUUUUCCUACAAUGAUCUCCAUAGAGAGAAGAUAGAAGGCAUUAAAUUAUAAAACUUGUUCAUCGUCACCACUCUGAAUCUCUCAAUCAGUUUACAAAGUCAUAUAUAGAAAGAUCACGCAUUUGUACUGAAGAAUUAAGUUGAACUUUCUUGUAUACUUAGCAUCACCAUACAAGCUUGGUUUUUAUUUUCUUAAAGAUUGCAUGUAUGCAUGCAUCUGAUAACACCAACUAGGGGAUACUUUGAGACAAAAGGAUUGAAUUUGCUAGGGUCAUUGCUAUCAAGGAUGAAUUCAUUGUAAUAG